AUAUGUAUGUAAGUAUGAGCACAAAGUGCAAGAUCAUCAAGUACCACCGAAGGCACUUAAAACUCGCCCAGCAGCAGUGUUGCUACGUGGAAGUUGUUGUUAAGGUUGGUUGGGCCAGCCUGUUGGCCUGUUUGUGCUUUUACUUGAAUUGGUUCGUUCUUUCCCAGUUCGUUGGUUGGUUCGUUCAUUUCUUGGUUAGUCCAUUGGAGGCGAGCCGCCAGCCAGCCAGCCAGCCAGCCUGUUUGGAGAUUCACGCUGUCAACUGUUCGCUUUCGUGCGCUUAGCUGUGCAGAAGAAUUCCCAUUAUUCGCUGUAGUGCACAAAUAUUCUUCCUCAUCGCUGAGUUGCCUUGCCUUUGCCUUGUGUGGAAUUCAGUGUCAAUGGCAACAAGAACAAUAAUAACAAUAACGCCAGCAACAAAGAGCCCCAACACACUGAGAAACGGUUGGAGAGUUCAGCUGCAAGCCAUUGCUGCUAUGACUGUCACUGUCAGCUAUCGUCACGUCGGACGCCAGUUGCCAGUUGCUAGUUGCUAGUAGUCGGCAAUUCACAUUCGCCAAUCCACCAGCUUUGUAAGCCAACCAGCCAGCCAGCCAGCUAGCCAUCUAGCCAGCCAACAGUCAACACCAAUCAUCAGUUGUGUCGCCGCCUGCCAUUUCAGCCGGUCGAAUGCUAAGUCGCCAACGGUUGUGGCUGUCAGUUUCAGUCGUUGUGGAAUCUCAGCGCUGCGCAGGCGUGCCUCUACUGCUUCGAACGUCUGCGUCUUUGUGUCUUUUGUGUCGCUUCUGCCUCAGUGAGUUAGGACGGGCUGUGAGCUGGUGGAGCUAGGUGUUAUUAACAUCCAUAAAUUGAGUGAAUAACUUUUUGGUUUACUGCUGGAAAAUCGAUUUUGUUAAACGAAAUGAAAUUCUGCGAUAGCAUCGAACUCACAAAAAUGCUUGUUAUCAAGAAAACUUGCGAGUGGUGGUUUUAUAAAAAUAAAUGCCACAAUAUGUCGACACAUUGGAAGCAAAAUGCAUUUCUUAUAUGCUGUGUGCUCCUCUUCGGCCUUCUAUUGGGUUUGAUUAUUUGGUGUCAGCCUGGUAGCAACAGCAAUAGUAGCAAAGCAGUUGGCCACACUACACACAUACCUAGCAGCAUUUUGAACCAGUCGGUUACGUGGACAAGUAGUACAGGCUUUCCACCUGUAGUCGAGUCGCCAGACAUCCCAACGAUAUUCAUAAAUCAUUCAUUUAUAGGCGAUGAGCAGUGGCCCGAAGAAGAGGAUAUCAAAGAUGAUAUUGGCGACAUCAAUAAUAGCAUUCCCGAUGAUUUCACCAGUGACUUUGUUACGCCACGAAAGGUGCAUAAUUCCACAUUAAGCGAAGAUGAUAUGCUCUAUGAGUCGAAUCGCAAUAAAAUUAGUGAACCGAAAGGCUGUUGGGAUUACACCGAAUGGACGCCGUGCUCGAAAUCCUGCGGCACGGGCACGCAGACACGUGGCGUGGUUUGCAUGCUGAAUGGCACGCGUGUCAGUGAAAAUUUCUGCGAUCAGCGCAAGCUUGAUUCCUACCGCGAUACAAUAAAAGCGUGUAAACCAGAACCUUGCUACUCAUAUGAAGAUAAUUUGGCCACACAGCGUUCGUUCCCGAACUACUGGGUCGCCGACGAGUGGGGCGAAUGUAAUGACAACUGCGAGAAGAAUCGUACGGUAACAUGUCGCAAUCCGCUCGGCUAUGGCUGUCCCAUGGAUCGACGACCGCUGUCAAAGCGAAAAUGUUGCAACAUCAAAUACGUAUCCAAUUGGUCGAAUUGUUCUGUGGAGUGCGGUAAUGGCGUGCGUCGCAAGGAGAUCCAUUGUGCACGCGUCUACAAGCCAGAGAUCAAAGGUACACCGCGUCGACGUGUCAUUAUCGAUCCCUACCACUGCCGGCAUCUGCGCAUGCCAGCGCCAAAACGCAUGCACAAACCCUGCAAGGUCAGCUGCAAAUGGUCCACCUCCGAUUGGACACAAUGCCCGUCCGAUUGCCAUGAGGAGUAUCAAUCGCGUUCGGUUUACUGUGAGUCUGUGUUGGGCAAUCCGAUUGCGUAUCGCUACUGCGAUGCGACCAAGAAGCCGCCAUCGAAGAAGAUCUGCAACAAUUGUGUGCGAAAGGAAUCGAAAAUCAUUACGAACUGCAACUGCGAUGGUUUUCGACGUCGUCGCAUCAUUUGCCACGAUUCGACGGGUCGUCGCAUAGUUUGUCCCACCAAAGAGCGACUGAUCAAAGAGAAAUGCCCACCACCACGUGAGUGUAUGCCACAAUCAUGUGAUGAUUUGCGCCGUCUACAUCGCUACUAUCAGGAUCGUGAAUACACCAUCUACGUGCGUUCGCGUGCGCGCAAAGUCUACUGCCAUAAUAUGAGUAGCUCGCCAAAGGAGUAUAUAAACGUGAAUCAGCAAGAAAACUAUUCCAUUUACUAUGAUUAUAAAACAACGGAUCCGGAUAGAUGUCCGCCAGCGUCGAGAUUACGUGAAUUCCGUGAUAACAGUACGAGUUCGGGACGUACGAAUUUCCGUAAGAUACGCAUUAGUGUGCCAGACUUGCGUGUCAUAGAAAAUGAUUUCACAUUUGCGGAGACAAUGGGUACGCCACAAAUGUAUGGUUCGGCGGGUGAUUGUUACAAUCGCAAUAAGGAAUGUCCGCAGGGAGAUUUCUCCAUUAAUUUAGAGAAUACCGGCUUUCGCAUACGUGCCGGUGCGCGUUGGGAUACAUUCGGAAAUAGCGUGAUAAUGAAGGUCUCUAAACCGGUAAUUCGUAUACUUAAUAAUAGAACCGAAGAGGAAGAGGAUGAAGACGAAGCAAACGCCCAUUCACUGGGCUGUUUUUACAAAGGCGAAGUGCAAGGCGAUAAACAAUCAACGGUGUCCGUGUCACUCUGCAAUGGCAUGACUGGUUACAUUAAAACAAGUUUUGGCUCACUGCUCAUACAACCGGUCAAUCAAACGGGCGAUGGCGAUUCGGAGGUGUUGCACAAAGUGUGGCGUCAUUCGCGUCGCAAUGCCAGACACGCAGUCGCCGCCGAUUCAUUGGGCAUGGAAUUGCUGGAGCUCGAAGAGAGUUUAUUCACAAAGCUGCAUCGCAAGAAACGCAACUACGUCGACCGUCAUGUCUUCACCAUGGAAGUGCUGGUGGCUGUCGAUAAGACGAUGAGUGAAUUUCACGGUGCCGAUUUGAAAUCGUACAUACUUACGCUAAUCUCGAUUGUUUCGAAUAUAUUUGCUGAUGCCAGUAUUGGCAAUUCGAUUUAUAUUUCUGUGGCGAAUAUAUUGAUUCUGCGUGACGAUCGCAGAAAAGCCAAGUCAGCGUCUGAAAUGUUGAAGGAAUUUUGUAAUAUUUUUUCGAAGCAGGGUUACCACUAUGAUACAGCAAUGCUCAUUACACGCGAUCAAAUUUGCGGCAAUGAAGGUGAGCGCUGCGACACUUUGGGUCUGGCAGAACUGGGCACUGUCUGCAAGCGUCGAUCGUGUUCCAUAGUACAGGAUAAUGGAUUGCCGGCCGCAUUUACCAUUGCGCACGAGUUGGGGCAUGUGUUAAAUAUGCCACAUGAUGACGAUGAUCUAUGCAAACCUUUCAAUCGACCGGGCACUAAAAAUAAAAUGCAUAUUAUGUCGAGUAUUAUGGGCAGCGACAUUCAUCCGUGGUCGUGGUCGGAUUGUUCGCGCAAUUAUGUCUCGGAAUUUUUAGAAAAAGAAGACAAAUCCUGCCUCGAAGAUACGCCCACAUUCUACAUUAAGAACUUCAACACCAAGUUGCCCGGUGAGAUCUACUCGCUCAACCAUCAAUGCCAGCUAAUUCAUGGCAAUCAAUCGCGCUACUGUCGCAUCGAUGGCGAAUGCAAGCGUUUGUGGUGCAAAACGGAUAGCAGCAGCAGUGAUUGUCGCAGCAGCAAUUUGCCCUGGGCCGAUGGCACUCCGUGCAACAACGACCGCCACUGGUGUCAGAAGGGCGAAUGUGUGCCGCGUGAAGGUAAAUCGUUGCAGGCCAUACACGGCGGUUGGGGUGCAUGGAGCGCUUUCACACCUUGCAGUUUGACUUGUGGCGGUGGCGUACAGGAAUCACAGCGGGAAUGCAACAAUCCAUUGCCGAAGAAUGGUGGUAAAUAUUGUGCGGGCAGUCGUAAGAAAUAUCGCUCGUGCAAUACGCAUGCAUGUCCGCCGGGCACAAUGGAUUCGCGUGAGCAGCAGUGCUACGAAAUGAAUGGCAGAAAUUUCUCCAGCAAGGGUAUUGCACGUUCGGCCAAAUGGAUACCCAAGUAUGGUUUGUCCUCGGCGGACAAAUGCAAAUUGUUUUGCCGCUUGGAAGACAACAGCGCGUAUUUUAAACUCUCGGACAAGGUGAAAGACGGCACCACAUGUUCAUUCGACAGUUUUGACAAGUGUGUCAAUGGCAUUUGCCGGCCGGCAGGUUGUGACAAUGAAUUGAAUUCGCUGGCGAAAUUAGACAGAUGUGGCGUUUGUGAGGGUCGCAACGAUACCUGCCAGGAGCAUACUGGCAACUUUUAUGUUUCCGAUUUGUUCAAAUCCAAGUCCGAGUCAUACUAUUACUAUGUGACAACCAUACCAAAAGGCGCGUCCAAUAUUGUCAUCACCCAGCCGGGUUAUCAUGAUGAGAAUUACAUUGUGCUGCGCGACGAUGAACGCAACUCAUUACUCAAUGGCAACACGCUCAUUAGCAGCUUCCGCAAUGUAAAAUUCUAUGCAGGCGUAACCUUCGAAUACAAUGGCGCCAAGAAUUUAGUCGAGCGUGUAAAUACCACAUUCUCACGCAAGCUGAAACGUGAUCUGAUUGUAGAGAUUAUUUCCAUGAGCACCAAU